AUGAGGUUACUAUAAAGUAAUUAAAAUAUCCUAGUUUCAUUACAAUUAUUAGUAAUAUAAGGCAAUUAUUUUUUCAAAACAGAAAUCAGUCAUAUGUUUUUAUCAUUUUAAAAUGCAAGAAUGUUUUAUUUGAAAAAAAUUUUGAUUAAUAAUUCAAGAAUAAAAAUUGGCUUAUUAAGGCUAUAUUCUAUGCAAAAUAAGCAUCUGACAGAGUGGAAUAACAUCAAAUCUAGUUAUUCAUCUCACCAAUUGAAAUUAAUUUUGAAUACAUUAAAUAAAAUAAAUGAAGUAGAAUUAAAAAAUUUAGGUUUAUCGGUUGAAACAAUAAAAAUGUUGGAGUUUACAAAGAAUGAGAGAAAAAAAUAUAAAUCACUAGAUGAUUUUAUUACAUUAAAUAUAAUAGAUGCCAAUGAACUGAAUGUAUGUUCUAACUUAAUAACAAAACGUAUAAGACAGUCAAAAAAAAUAGUUACACCAGCAAUAGAACAGAAAAAACUUAAGACUAUUAAAACAGCCAUUGGAAUUCGUAUCAAAGACAGGUAUAUAAGCUGGUCACAAUUGAAAUUAAAUGGAUCUCAGUGUUCUUUACUAAAAUGGAACUGUCAUGAGCUUGUAGAUCUAUCUUUAAAUUCUACUAUUCCACAAAUAAUUCAUAAAGUUAAAGAUAUUUCUGAAUCUAUACCAGAUGCUGAUGUAUAUGUCAUGGAAAAAGAUUCAUCAAAACCAAGUAGUAAGGUAAACAUAAAUAUUUUAAGAUCAACAGUACAACAUCAAAAACUCCUUUCAAUAUUACUUACACUGUUGUGGACAAAAAAUAAUCUGAAUAAAGCACCAGAUAGUGACUUUUUUAGUUCAUUGUACAUGAUACGUCCAUAUACUUAUGCUCAACUUUUUCAAUUGUAUGUUGGCAAUGAAAUUGUAUCAGCUGUGGAUGUAGUUAAUGACUUACUUGCAAAUAGUAGCCACAAAAGUCUAAAACAUAUUACUUUUGUAUGUUUUGACGAAACAAUUAUAGAACAAUAUUACUCUUUGAAUCAGUACAUGAAAGAGGAAUUAGGCAGAAGUUUGCUACUAACAUUAACAUUUUUUGAAUCAGUAAUUUUAGAUGUUUAAAGAAAACAGUUGUUGUAAAUUAUGUACAGUUGUACCUUACUGUUAAAAAUAAAAUUUUAUUUAUAAAAUAAAUUUAAAAUUAUUUUUGUAAAUAUUGAUUACCAAUAUU